AUGGUUAGGCUUUUCUUCAGCAAAACAAGAGUAACCAAACUCUUCACUAGGAAGGAUGAAAGGCCAGAGAUGUUUCUACCAUCGUUGCGUAUGAUUUUGUUCAUUUUUCGAAUGUUUUACGCGUGGCCGGACGAGCAUUUGGAGAAAAGUGCUCUCUGGUGGUACCGUGCAAAGGGUGUGCUGUUUCGUGUGUUUUUCAUAUAUCUUUCAGCAGCCACACAGCUAGCUUACAACUUCACUGUGACUAGUCGUGAGGAACUGUUUGCUGGCAUGUUUGUGCUGCUCACUCAGCUUGUGAUGAUACUGAAGAUGGAGUUUUUCUACAAAAAUGUGUCCAAAAUUCAACAGCUCAUCCGUAGACUGAAUGGCAAGCUCUACCAGUCGAGAAAUGCGGAGGAAGACAUUCCGCUGGCGAGUGCGCGUAAGAAGUCAACUAUAUUCUGGGUCUUGUACUUCAUGUUUUCCGAUGGGCUGGUUACGGAGUGGUUAGUGAUAUCGUUGUUGCUCACUACUUUGAUUGUACCGGUGUGGCCCGGAGUAGAUCAUACCACCCCGUAUUGGGUAGUUUUAAUGGUUAUCUUGUAUCAGUACUUGGCAAUCGUUCUCAACGCUUCGUUUAACAUAUCAUGGGACUCACUGGUGGCAGCACUGUUAGCGUUAACUAACGCUCAUCUUCAUCGUCUGCAAAUACAGCUAUUGAAGGUAGGACAUCAGAACCGUCAUCUGCAGGUGGAUGCUAAUAAGCGUAUGAUUACGGUCUCUCCAAUUGAUGAUGAUACUCAGAGCGUCCCAACGAAAUCAGAUGCAGAUGUAGUUUACAAUGAACUACUGCAAUGUAUUAUCUUUCAUCAGGAAGUAACUGGAUUUCUUCGCGAAGUGCUGACCCUGUUCAGUGGACCGAUGCUGUCUCAGCUGUACUGUUCCGUGUUCAUCCUGUGUAUUACCGAGUUUCGUUUGCUUACGGACGUGAACACAAUGGCCGACACGAUGCAGGCGGUAAUGUACUUGGUGUGCCUUGUCAUACAAGUGGUACAAUACUGUUACUUUGGCAAUGAAAUUAUCUACAUGGCUCAAAAGGUACAUCAAGCGACAGCCUUUGUGAACUACCCGGAUAUGAACAUCAAAACUAGAAAGCUUCUUAUAGCUUUUCAACAGAUAACUGCUCGAGGAAUAAAGUGCAGUGCGAAGUACAUUUUUACAAUCGAACUGAGCAUGCAGACCUUUGUGACGAUCAUCAAAACAUCCUACUCGUAUUUGGCAGUUUUGAGAUCGAUGACGGAUUAGGCCGUUCUUUGGGAAGUGCGAUGACAUUCUGGAUAUUGACUUGAAA